CAAAGGCAGAAGAAGCGGUUGUCUGCCUCUAUUUACAUUGGGAAGACCAAUUUCUAAUUUGAUAGCCGUUGGUUUACAGACAUGUUUUCAAGCAAAGACUUAAAGUCUCGAUUUGAUCGAGUCUCGGCAAAAACGCUCUCCGUUGGCGCUAGACAGUACCUAAGGAGUGUCAGUGAAUAUAAAACUAAAGAUCUCGCGGCGUUCACAUACAGUCCACUUACUGGGCCGAGAUGCAUCCGGCUAUUGCACAUACAGGCCGGAGGAGACACUGAUGCAUUAACAUGUGAUGUCUCUGAGGUUGACCUGGAUGCUGAACCAAUUUUUGAAGCUUUAUCGUACACGUGGGACCAGGAUCACGCGUGGGAUAACGAACCAGAACCAGAAUCAGAACGAAAGAGAAAGCCUAUUCUAUGUAACGGCCAAUCUUGUGAGGUCACCAUGAACUUGUAUCAUGCUCUCACAGAGUUUCGACGACGGAAGAUGUACUCCCCUAUCUGGAUUGAUCAGAUUUGUAUAAACCAAAAAGAUGACCAAGAAAAGAAUCUUCAGCUCGGCCUAAUGGCUGAAAUCUACAGGUCGGCGGUCCGAGUUAUAGUCUGGCUCGGAAUUAUGUCUAAGACGAGAAAUUCUGCGUUGGACUUCCUAUUGGCUCUGCCUCCAUUACCUGAGAUAGACCAGUUACGUCGAUCAAAAUCCGUGCCAAUGGUAGCUGAAGAAACAGAUAUGUCAGCCCCUUCUCAGCUGCCAGCACGCCCUAAAAUGAGCAAGAUUAGCCGCUCGUUUGAUGUGAUCAAUACAGUUUCCAAUGUACUCAGUGAGCAAUACCACUGGCUCGGAGUUCUGCGUCUGUUGCGACGAAGCUGGUUCAACCGGACGUGGACUCUGCAGGAACUACUUCUCGCGCAAGACCUGCUGAUAAUGAUGGGAGAUCGUGAUAUACCCCCAGCAGUUCUUGCUGACGCUUCGAAGAGAGUCGUGGACUUCUACGCGAACGAUCCCCUGAUGUUCUCGGAGGGAGUGGGCCGAGAUAUCAUCGAUCGCCACCGCUACAUGGACAGGAUUCCAGCUUUUUUCAAGGCUAAAGAAGACUUUAAGCAAGGAAAGCGGUUUACCGCUGAGGACUACCUUUCCACCAUCAGAGUACGCGGUGUUACGAACCCAAGAGAUAAGGUCAUCGCCGGUAAGGCAAUUCUGGAGCACGAUGUUGUGCCGGUAGCGGAUUUUGAUGCCCCUACCGCCAAUAUAUUUAUCAACUUUGCACAUGUCCUUUAUGAAGAUACUGGAGUCUUUUCACUUUCGUUGGUUGGCGAUACAGCUCCUGCAAUAGCAGGCCUCCCCUCAUGGGUUCCAGAUCUGGUCCGCCCGUUGAGGCCGACACCUUUGAAAUAUUGUGGCUGCUCAAGUUUCGAUUCUCCGAUUCCUGUACAGGGCAAUGACAUUAGGUUCGAAGACAAGACAAUACAUUUACGAGGCGCGAAAUGGGAUGUGGUACGGGACAUCGGUGAGACCAGUUGGAGCUGGGAAUAUUCUCUGUGGUAUUUCAUUCCUUACGACAAGCCGCCUGUGCCAAUGCGAACAUGCUGGACUGAUAACAAGGAACGAUUCGGAGAUAUCUUCCCAGUACUAGAGCAGAUGGGACCCAUCUACAAGCCUACCGGAGAGCGGACAGCCGAUGCAUUCUGGAAGACGCUGAUCGGCAAUAUCCAAUCGCAAAGUGCCAACGAUGAUGAGGCGUGGGGAGAGAGCUUCCGAUUAUACCUUUCAUUCUCGCUCUGGCAGAUCCGUCAGCUCGCUCAGCACAAGGACAAUCCCAUCAUCAAGCUAGUAGACGGUUCUGAUAAAUGGCUGCCAAGCAUAGUGACCGAUGCGAUCGAGGCGCUGGAGCACCGUCUCGCGCUCUACAUGGCUCUAGACGAAGUCCAACACGACGAGACAAACACACCAAGGACAUCGCUGCGCCAAACAAUCCUCGACUUCGCACGCCGGAUCUUCGGUACCGAGAAUCUCAGCGAACUCAGCGCGUGGAAGGGCUACAAGGCCGAGACGAGCUCUGCCCUGCACGACAAAGGCCUGUAUGAACAAGUCCAGCUCUUCGGCAAUGCCUUCACCCAGGUCUACGACGGACGAAGGAUUCUGGUCUCGGAGAAGGGGUACAUGGGCAUCGCGCCAGAGUCCGUCAAGGUGGGAGAUGUCAUCUUCCUGGUUGCUGGGGCUGGGACGCCGUAUGUCUUCAGACCCGUCAAAGACGUCGAGAACACAUACACCCUGGUCGGCGAGGCCUAUCUCCACGGCCUAACUCCCGACAUCGUGUCUGCAGAGGGCGAGUGGAAAGUAGAAAGCAUUACAGUGAUAUAAAGCACGUAGCAAAAACCCAAGCAUACUGCCUCUCCCAUCCCCCACUCCAAUGUGUCCCUCUGCCAUUCUCCCCAAUCAUCGCCCCUAGUGCCUCUGGUGCGCCCAGCAAUCAAAAGAAAAACCCUUUAAA